CAUCAUCAUCAUUAAUGAUAUGAUUGCACUUUUAUCGCUGAUUAAAUUCUUAUCAGAUUGUUCAUGUUGAUCAUCGAUCCACAAAAAUGUGGUCAACAUUAACAAGAUGUCUGUAUAGUUUCGGUUAUCUAAUCAUAUUGUUUGUGAUUGUCUUACCCAUAAGUUCAUUGAUGACAAUCAUUUAUGUACUUAUACAACCAUUUCAAUCGUGUAAUCUAUUUCCAUCAUUGAUGAAUUUUUUAUUCUAUGAUUUUGUUCAAUUACCAAAAAUCUGUAUGGGUAAAAUAUUUAACAAAAAAGUUUCAUUAGAUCAUAUCGAUUCACCCGUAUUCAACAGUGAACAAAACGACAACGGCAACAACGAUAAUCAAAUUGCAUCAUUAUCAUCAUCAACGAAUGUCGAUGAUCGUUCAAUAUCAGCGUAAUUUCUAAAUGAAAAAAAAACCUUCAAGUGAACAACAACACCACACCAUAGAACAUUUAUCGAAAUGCUCAAACUUGUACCAGCCAUCGUUGA